AUGGGUCUUGAUGCGCUCGAUUUUGUUGCCGGAUGUUUUGGAGGUGCUGCCGGUGUGUUGGCCGGACAUCCGAUGGAUACUGUGAAGGUACGAUUGCAGACACAACACUCACACGGAGCCACACCCCUCUAUCGAGGCACCUUCCAUUGUUUUGGUUUGAUCGUGAAAAAAGAGGGAUUCACUGGACUUUAUAAAGGGUUAACGUCACCGUUGGCUUCUUUAUGUCUCAUCAAUGCCACUGCUUUUGGAGUUCAAGCCGCUGUCACCAAGGAAUUUCGUGAUCCGCAGAGUUUGGGAGCACAAUUUUGGGGAGGAUGUGCCGCGGGUGCUACUCAAUCAAUCAUCGCCGCUCCAUCAGAAAGAGUAAAACUGAAGAUGCAACUACAGAGUGACAGCCGAGCAGCCGUCUACAAGAGUCCAAUGCAUGCCGCUCGGGUGCUCGUCGCUGAAAAAGGAUUGCUCUCAAUGAAUCGAGGCUUUAUGAUGACAGUUGUAAGAGAUUGUCCGGCGUGGGGAGUCUACUUUGCUUCUUACGAUUUGUUGGCACGAGGAAUGAGCAAAGAUGGAACAAUGGAGUCGCUCACCGCCCCACAAGUGCUAACAGCUGGAGGACUGGCUGGAAUGCUUUCUUGGUUACCCAACUACCCAGCUGAUGUGAUAAAAACAAGAUUUCAAGCAGAUGAUUCAUAUCGGACCUAUUGGGAGUGCAUAAAGAAGACGUAUCAUGAACGCGGAGUGCGGGGUUUUUAUGCUGGUCUUGGAUCGACGAUGCUUAGGGCAUUCCCGUCAAAUGCGGCCACAUUUUUCACCGUAGAAUGGACGUACCGGUUGUUGCUCGAUUUCAACAUUCUCGGCGUCGGUGCUCCUGCGGAAAAGAUGGUGGCGCGACACGUGCACAUUGCCGAUCUGUGGACGAAGAAUCACUUCGAAUUGCCCGAAGCCGGCUCGACUUCUCUCGACCCGAUGCUUCACUCAUGCAGAUAUUUU